GCCGGUGAUGGCUCAGUAAAGCAGUCAGCCACUUCACCUCAGAGUUGGUUUGUAGGUGGGGCUUGCUGGGGUUUCAGUGCCAAGCUCUGAUAGUGGUUGGAUUCCUGUAAAUUUUUUUGUUUGUUUGGCUGCACAGACUAACAUGAGGAGACUUGAGAACUUUUUGUUAUGGAACUUGAUGGCUGCAGUAAUCAUCUUGGGUCAAGCAAGGCCAAAUAUAAAGCUCAGUUUGCAGUCAAGCAGUGGUUUAAAGUCAGACUGUGCAGGUAAUCUGAUGAGGCUAUCGCUGGACAAGGCUCUGGCAGUGGGGAGCCAGCUUGAAGUGGAAGCCAUCAAUGGCACCCAGCACACCGUGUUAACACCCAGCCUGGCUGCUCAGUGUGGAUACAGCAUGGAGUCUGACCCGUGGGGUAACACUAGAAUCUACACGUCUUUGAUGGGCUGCUAUGUAGACAACAAAGAAGAUACAACAUUUAAUGUUGGCUUGAGACUCCGAAUGUACGGCCAGAGUCCAUCAGAUGUGACCAGUCAUGAUGUAACUCAGACAUGCAGCUACUCUCGGUGGGCCUCCAGAGAGAUACUCUGCGACAGGAACUACAUGGAAGCGUCAAACCACAUGGCUACACCUGAUGUUGAGGCUAAGGGGCAGGUUCAGGAUGUGAAGGAGGACUCCAAGACCAACACCAUUCCUGGUGAGUCAGGUGCAGCACACGGUAUCUGGAAGAUGACGUUUUUCACUCCAGAACCAGUGGCGAUGGUGAUGAGGGAGGCCGAACAAGCUGGCUAUGCUGCCAUGACCACCCCAACCCGCCUGGUUAUGCGAAGCCCGUUCAAUACAGCAGAGACUUAUUCUGAGAAUGUGGCUGGAGUCCCCAUGGAGGUUUUCAGAGUGAGUGUUUACUACAAGGCACCACAUGGUUUGAAUGUUGUGAAUUUGGCAGCUGCUUGUCCCACAGGCGGCGUCCUCUUCACCGAGGAUGUAAUCUCUUGGCACAUACCUCGUCGUGUGACACCCCUGGUAGAUGGAAACUUUAAAAUCCUAGAAAUGCACAUGGGCAUCAAUGGGCAGAGGCUGGAUAAAUCUCAGAUGGCUGCACGAGGGUACACACUAUCCACAACAGAUUUUCACAUCAUCACUGAGCUCCCAGUGGGCGGACCUGAUGGUUACUACAAGAGCCAUGCCCCAGAUUACCAGUACCACAUCACCUACAGUGUGGAGCCCAUGCUUGAUGUGCUGUGGAGGGCAGAUGACAGCCACGAUACCAGAUACAAGGUUUUGUUCCCAAUUACCACCCCCCUGAUGCCCAGACCUCCUCAUGUUGAAGACCAUACUGUCCCAGAGGACAGGAUGUUCAGCAUUCACAUGGGAACCUUUCUUCAUGAUGUGGAGCUCAAGAACAUCACCUUUUCUACUGGGGUUCUCACUCUUGAGGAGUGCAAUGCCAAAGGCUUCGCUGUCCAGGAGCACAACCUCCCCAAUGGAACAAAGAGCUUCUCUUUGCAAGUGCCCUUUGAUGCUGAUGUUGUCCUGAAACAUAAUCCUGAACCCUUGGUUACAGUCUACUUCCUCCCUCUGAUCUUUGGAUUUCUUAUUCUGCCUGAAGAAACUCCAUUUGCCCACCCAGUGGAUUUAGAAGCAUCUUUGCAGGAUGUUGUGCUGCCUACCAUUACUGGCACCUGUGACCAGAAUGUUUUUUACAUCACUGUGAAAUAUGGGAGUCAAGGCCACAGCUUUCAGACCAUGGUUGGGUCUCAGCAGCUAACCCCUGACCUGGGUGAGGUCUACAAGCUCCAAGAAAAUGGCACACACUACAGUCUUGUGGUGCCAUACAUAGCCAAGGACACAGCAUUUGAGCUGAUCACCUCUGAUUCAAUCAGAGCCAGGCUUGACGUGCUACUGUGGGAUCCAAACAACAGCUGGGUGCUUGGUGAUCUCUACCUUGCCUGCAGUUUCCCCUUGACGACAACUAAGUGCUACCCCAAUGGAACAAUGGCUGCUCUGGCUGUGAAGGUGGAGUCAGUGCCCAAUCUCGUUCCAAGUUGGCUGACUCUAAAGGACCAGUCCUGCAAACCGGUUUUCAGCGAUGAUCGCUUUGCUUAUUUCUCUUUCAGUGCUGAUUCCUGUGGGACCACAAGAACUUUCUUUGACAACUACAUGCUGUAUGAAAAUGAGAUCAGCUUGUAUUAUGGCAACAAAGGAACAACCUACACAUCACCAGUUGAUCCUGAUUACAGGCAAACUGUUUCUUGCUACUAUGUGGUCAAUGACACUCAGACUAUAGCAUUCAACUACAAACCAAGAAACGGUGACCCUGUUGCAGAGAUUGGGUCUGGACAACUACUGGUACAAAUGAGACUAGCCCAAGAUUCACUGUAUGAAGUCUUCUACCAAGCAGAGGAUUAUCCAGUGGUGAAGUACCUGAGGCAGCCUCUGUAUUUUGAGGUGGAGCUGAUGGGAUCCACUGAUCCCCACUUGGAGCUCAUCUUGGAGAACUGUUGGGCAACUCUUCAUGAAGACAGGACUUCUCUGCCCAGCUGGGACAGCAUUGUGGACACCUGUGAGAACUCUGAUGACAGCUAUGCAACCAUCUUUCAUCCUGUUGUGAGGGAUGCCAGGGUCACUGUCCCAUCCCAUAUCAAACGCUUCUCCAUAAACAUGUUCACCUUCACUAAAGAUGAGGAGGUUCUGAAAGAUGAGAUCUAUGUCCACUGUGAUGCAGUGAUUUGUGACACAAACAGCCAAGCAGAUGGUGCCUGCAGAGGCCAAUGUGUGCAUCCUACAGGCAUGAGUAACUCUAGACAUCAAGGGAUAAAAGGAGUAAAAAGGGAGCAAAGAAGUGUGGACUCAAGCUACCAAAGGCAGAUUUCAUCAGGACCCAUUCUAUUAAGCACUCAGUCAAACCUCUAAAUAAACAUCUCUUAAAAUAUAUUCAGUUUUUUUUUUUCUCUGCUAAAGAUGCAUCUGUGUUAAAGCUUUGGAAUAUAUACUUGAGUUUUCAACCUGCAUUACAUCAUGUGUCCCUACUGUAUAUUGCACUUUUGGUACAGGCCUCAGACUACAAGUUCAACAUAAUCAUGAUGUCUUUUCAUUAUCUGGCUUAAUUACACCAGAACCUACAAUUAUAGGCUCAAUUUAGCAACAACACAAACCUGGCAGGAUUAGUGUCUAAAACACAUUUUGCUUAUGCUACAGACUGAGACACUUUUCUCACAUUUCAUAUUUAAACUGAUGAAAAAACAAGUCAUUCUACUAAAAUUUUUAAUACACAGUGGCAAGAGAGAUAAAUGAGUCACAGAGAGACAGGCAGUGAAUACAGAGGGAGAGAGUGUAAAGAGCAGAGGACAGAGAGAAAAAUGAAGACAGAGACAAGAGAUGAGAGAGAGAGAGAGAGAGAUGGAGCAGGUGAUGGAAAGUAGAGACAGAAAAGAAGCUGAGAGCCAGAGGAGACAUAGGGAAAAGACUCAAACUGCUUUUUAGGUCAUUUAUGCUGCUGCCCACUGACAUGGCUUUACUGCCUUUCUUUUUAUAAUUUUGGGCUCCUGUGAUUUUGAUAUACCUAUGAUUGUUGCUUUGUACUGCAUAUUGUACCUUGUUCUAAGCCAGGUGAGUUGGCAGUUAAACCCAGUAUAUGUAAAGCCACUGACGGUCAGCGUUUAUUUUUCUGUUCCUUUAUUCUUUCAGAUUAAAAACAUCCUCUCUUUCUUAAAAUAAAGUUGCAACACAAUGUUAUUGCUGCAAGUAUUAAAUUAUGGUUUGCUGUUCUCUUUAGGCUGCCCUAGUGCUCCAGACUCUGUGUCUGCAGACUGUGCUCCUACAGUUAAACUUUAAUCAGAAAUGUGAGGCUGUUCGAGGCAUCACGUCUACAAGAGGAGAGGAUGAAUUCCAGAGACGAUCAACAAAGACACACAGACUGUGCAGAGGCAUUCCAUGAAUCAGCUGGGAACAUUGCUGAGAUGUUACACAAUUAAUAAGUAAUGGAUGCAAACAUGAGGCACCAGACAGAACAGAGCAUGAGAAGCUGAUGGGUCUGGAGCACGAGGGCUUCUCCUGUGUAGAAAGUGGUCACUGGCUGCAUCACUUGGGACUGUCAUGAAACAGGGAUUUGUGAGAUUACGUUUUUUUUGUGGUCCAUCAUAUACAUGCUAAAAAAAAUGUUCGACUUAUAAAUUCAUAAUUUCACCUCUAUGUAAGGACAGAGAACAUCUAAACUGUGGAAAUAUAUUGGCUUACAUACUUGUUUAGAUGGUUGGUUGAUUUACUCAGUGGGUGUUAUUUUUAAACUAAUAAUGCUCCAACUGGAAACCCUGAAAUGUUGCUUAAGCCUCCAGUCAGCUGAUUUAUGUGGUAACAGGUAGGACAAACAUGUCCACAUAAAUCAGCUGACUGGGAGCUUCAGCAGCACCUCUGAUGAAGACUGCAGACCUGGCAGUAUUGCAACCCCGUGGUGUGGAACUAUGAUUUUUUUUUUGUUGAAAGAAUUUUGAUGGUGAGAUUCCCAAAGUAAUGUGUUGAUGUGUAAUACGACAAAAGUUCACAUUUUGUUAAUGAAAAACAUAUGACUAACA